UCGGUUUACCGACACCGGAGAAGCGACCAUGCUGUGGAAACUAGUUGAGAAUGUCAAGUAUGAAGAUAUUUAUGAGGACCGGCAUGACGGUGUCUCGAGCCACAGCUCGCGCCUGUCCCAGCUGGGCUCGGUAUCGCACGCGGGACCCUACUCCAGUGCGCCGCCGCUGUCUCACGCGCCAUCGUCUGACUUCCAGCCACCGUACUUUCCGCCGCCGUACCAGCCACUCGCUCACUACCAGAGCCAGGACCCAUACUCCCACGUCAGCGACCCGUACUCCCUGAACUCCCUGCACCAGAGCCAGCAGAGCGCAUGGGGCGCGCGGCAGCGGCAGGACGCCACCGGGGAGCGGAUGGAUAGUUCGGCUCUGUUGGCGCAACCUCGGGCCUCGCUGCCUCAGCUGCCCGGGCUGGACCCGCGGAGGGACUACGGUGUGCGGCGGCCGGAUGUGCUGCUGCACUCCGCGCACCCGGGACUGGAGCCCGGUAUGGGGGACGGACUGCUGCACGGGCUGCACGGUAUGGAGGAUGUUCAGACCAUUGACGACACCAACGGCACGAACAUCCUGGAUCAAUCAGUAAUUAAGAAAGUCCCCAUGCCACCCAAGAACAUGGGCUCCCUGAUGCUCGGCAAGGACGGCCUGAUCGGUGGAAUCACCGUCAACAUAAACGAGGUGUUCUGCUCGGUACCGGGCCGCCUGUCCCUGCUCAGCUCCACCUCCAAGUACAAAGUGACCGUAGGGGAGGUGCAGAGGAGACUGUCCCCGCCCGAGUGCCUCAACGCCUCCUUGUUGGGAGGCGUGCUGAGAAGAGCAAAGUCUAAAAACGGAGGGAAAUGUCUGAGAGAAAAGCUGGAGAAGAUUGGACUGAAUUUACCUGCUGGAAGACGUAAAGCUGCCAAUGUCACAUUACUAACAUCUCUUGUAGAAGGUGAAGCGGUCCACCUGGCCCGGGAUUUCGGUUACAUCUGCGAGACGGAGUUUCCCACCAAAGCCGUAAGCGAGUACCUCAACCGGCAGCACGCGGACCCCAACGAGCUGCACACGCGGAAAAACAUGCUGCUGGCGACAAAACAGCUGUGUAAGGAGUUCACAGACCUGCUGGCCCAGGAUAGGACUCCCCUGGGCAACUCAAGGCCCAGCCCCAUCCUGGAACCCGGCAUCCAGAGCUGCCUCUCCCACUUCUCCUUCAUAACGCACGGCUUCGGCUCACCCGCCAUCUGCGCAGCACUCACCACCCUCCAGAACUACCUCACCGAGGCUCUCAAAGGACUCGACAAGAUGUUUCUCAACAACCCUCCCAACAACCGGCACGGGGACGGCGGCAACAAGGCCGACAAAGAGGAGAAGCAGCGGAAAUGA